AGCUUUCGACGGAGACGGAGACGAAGACGAAGAUUCAAUACAAGCAUCUAUGGUAGACGAGAGAUCGUUUCGAAGUCUUCGCCGUUAGAUUCUUUGCCGGAGGAUUACGUUUUUUUUUACAUAAUCUCCUUCACUAGUCCACGCGAUGCGUGCGUCGCUUUUACGGUUUCGAAAAGCUUUGAAUCGGCGGUGAAGUCAGAUAUUAUAUGGGAGAAGUUUCUUCCGGCGGAGUUCGAGUCUCUGGUUCGUCCAUUGCGAGUUUUCUCAUCGAAGAAGGAACUCAAUUUCGAUCUCUGUAACGAUCCUGUUCUAAUCGACGGUGGCAAAAAGAGCAUAUGGUUAGGGAAAAGGAGUGGGAAGAGGUGUAUAAUGUUAUCUGCGAUGAACUUAUCAAGCAUUCAGGGUGAUACUCCUCCGCAUUUCUUCAAAUGGUUUCCAAGUCCUGAAGAUAGGUUUGAAUGGAUAGUAUUCAUCAAAUGGAACCGUGCAUUAUUACCCUCAUAUUAUAAUUGAUACUACUCCGAAAAGAGGAUAGUGUUCAUCAAAUGGAACAGUGUGAUCUUAGCAGUUCGGAAUAUCAUUUUCAAUUGUUUAUAGGUGUUAUGAACCUAAAGCUUAGCACCCUCUUAAGCCUACUCUCUCAGAGAAUAAGUUUAAUUAUUGGGGCUUACCUCUUUAUUAAUCGUAAUAGACCCUUAUAUUGGCCAUGA